UAAUUCUAUAACCUCUAAAUUUAAUUUUAUGAAUCGCUCAAAUAUUUUCACGAGAUUUGUAGUAUGCCGCUUGGAAAGUUUGGAAAAAUAACACUAUCGUGGUAAUUACUUGAAUAAUCUUCAAUUCCUGUUAAAAGUUAACUCUAUCCUUUGUGUGGGUAGCCAUAACUGUAUCCAGUUUGUCCUUGUUCGUGGUAUCCAAGAACUACGUAAAUGCCAGCCGCCUGGAGAAUAUGAAAGCAAGGGAACGCAUGCGAAGGUCCAACGAAGGAGAGUACCCUGAAAGUUACAGAAAGUGACUCCCUUGAAUUGUGCUGACUCGCAAGCUUUUACGUCACCAAUUGAGCUUCCAAGAUGGCGGUGCCCCAGCUUGACCCUGCGAAGCUGCAGCUUGUGCAAGAGCUUGAGAUCGAGAUGAUGUCUGACAUGUACAACCGACUCGUGAGCGCGUGUCAUCGUAAAUGUAUACCUGUGAAGUACCAUGAGCCUGAGCUAGGCAAAGGCGAAUCCGUGUGCCUUGACCGUUGUGUCGCAAAAUACUUGGACGUGCAUGAACGGAUCGGCAAGAAGCUGUCCAACAUGUCCCAGGGCGGAGACACAGAGGACCUCACCAAAAUGAACCUCCCAGAAAAGAAAUAAUAUUAGUGCAUGGAGGUAACUUGCAAAGAAUCAUAUUUAGAGUACUUGCCACACUUGUACCUCAUUAAUGAAACUGUACCUCAGAUACCCCUGAUAUUGUACUGGUGACAUAUUUUUUAUAUAUUUUAAAUUAACUUGUGAAGGUGCACAAUACAAUGGAAAUUCGUAUACUAUUUGUGCAAAUUUGUAUGUAAAUAAGAAUUCUGAGAGUUUAGAAAUAAUAUGUCGCCCUAAUUUUGCCAUAAGUCCUAUUUAAAAAUCGAUUAUUUCGGGAGGUGGGGCAUAAUCGAUUAAUUGAUAAAUCUAUUAUUCGGCAAUGCUGUCUCCUAAUAAAUUCGAUUAACUUAUAAAUGAGUAUUUCUCAAAAAAAAUGUACAUUUUGAAAAAAAAAAGUGUGCUUUGAAACAGUUCAAAAGUUUUAUAUUUAUAAAUCAUCACACAAAAAAAACACAUACACAAUUUUGAAGGAUGAAUAUUAAUCUUUAAGAUAACGAAGAAAUAUAGCUAUAAUCCUACUUAUUACCAAAUAUUUAGAUAUUUUAAAAAUAGUCCUUUUUUACCUUUCAUACAAAAACCUGUUUGCCACCCUAGCUUUUUCAUGUGUUUUUGUUUCAUAAAAUGCGAUACGUAACUAAAUUAUUGUAAAUUUCUUUGUAUUAUCGUUCUACAGUAAUCGCAGUUUCUGUAUCAAAUUGAUUUUCUAUGGGGUGUCAUAAUGAAUUGGCAAUUUAAAGCAAAAAAACAAAAUGAGUCGCUCUCAUUUACUAUUUCGUUAUUUACUCUUUAGUUACGAUUAUUUCUACUUUCCCAUGGUUUCUGAACAAUUCCAUAUUUUUUUUUACACGGACAACAAUAGCUGCGCUCUGAAUGGCUGUUGGCCUGACGUCUCCGCCAUUAAAUCUAUCGCGAAAAUCAGUGAAAACGUGUGUGUUUUGAGGGAUUACUUUUUCGUAACAGGAAGUAAAAUCAGCGAUUUUAUAUAGAACGAUAAGUCUUCAUUUAACCAUUUUUUGUAAUACGUGUGGUACGAACAUUUAUUAAGCUUUUAUAUUUGCUGUAACAGCUUUUAUCAAAAAAAUACUUGUUUCUGAUCUCAUUUUGUCUAAUAUUUCGUAACGUUUUUUACGAAUUUCGUUACGUUACGAAAAAGUACAACAUAGUGCUGAGUGUAUACUGUUAUUACCUGACUAAGCAUAGUAAUAUUCACUACUUAAUUUAUUUCGAAAAAUAUAGAGCGUCAAUAACAAAAGGAUUGGAUACUAUCUACUUUACAGAAGUGCCACCAGCAAAAAAUAAUCAAAUCAUUUAGAUUACGUUUUUAUGUGAUUACUUCUUUUGUUU